AUGUCACAGCCUAUUCUCACGGUCGAGGGGCCAGUCAAGGCCGCAGACCAGCCCAAGACUUGCGUAAAUCUGCUGCCCGCACGCAUCCACCACGACGGCGAGGUCGGCUCGAUAGACACAUACUGGAAGCCGGCGAUCAACAAAGACGGCACACAAAACGUCGCAUACCUGCGUGGUAGGAAACUCUACGGCAAGACAGUCAAGUUGCCCGAGGGCUACUACGGUGCGGUCGCCAGCAGGCAGGAAAAGAAGAAGCAGCCCGGCGAGGAUGAUGACCAUGCUAUGAACCUCGACGACGGCGACGACGAGUCCUCUGAGGAGCCGCAGGUCGCCUCUCUGCGCAACGAGGGCGUGUUUGACGAGUUUGUCGUCUGGGGCCACGAGUCUGUCGCUGAUGCAGGUGCAGACGCGUAUGUUAGGAGCAUCGAGGAGUGGAUUGGAUUCGCUGAAAAGCUGCAUGCGUAUCCUGCUGCUGUGAAGGAUCCCUCGACUUGA